UCCUGGUUUGAACCACUAAGAUCUCAGGUACAUCCAAGGUCCAAGAUCAACUCACAUCUGCUACUGUCUGGCCACCGUUCCCGGCUGCACAUAGUGAUAAACUGCUUUGUCCUUUUGCGUGAUUCCCACCUCUACUGGGAUGUAUUUAUACUGUAACUGUGGGUGAAGCGCGUGCCUACACCCGCUUUAUCAGGAAGAGUUGUCAAGAAAAGUGGUCGGGGUUCUUAAGAUCAUAUUGAAGCAUCCAGACUUUAAAUAGCGAAGAUGUCUGAUUCAGCGUCCAGUUUUUUGCAUAUAGGGGAUAUUGUAUCCCUUUAUGCAGAAGGAACUGUGAAUGGUUUUAUAAGCACCCUCGGGUUGGUAGAUGACCGUUGUGUUGUGGAGCCAGCAGGUGGAGAUCUGGACAACCCUCCCAAAAAAUUCAGAGAUUGCCUCUUUAAAGUGUAUCCCAUGAACCGAUAUUCUGCCCAGAAACAGUUCUGGAAGGCCAAACAGGCCAAACAUGAGAAGGAUAAGAUUGGAGAUAUGGUGCUUCUUCAGAAAUUACAACAUGCAGCUAACCUGGAACAGAAACAGAAUGAUUCUGAGAACAAAAAGGUCCAUGGGGACAUUGUAAAAUAUGGCAGUGUCAUUCAGCUCCUGCACAUGAAGAGUAACAAGUAUUUGACAGUGAAUAAGCGUCUCCCAGCGUUGCUGGAGAAGAACGCUAUGCGAGUAACUCUUGAUGGGAUGGGCAAUGAAGGCUCCUGGCUUUUUAUCCAGCCAUUCUGGAAGCUCAGAACCAAUGGGGACAAUGUGGUAGUUGGAGAUAAGGUGAUCUUGAAUCCUGUUAACGCUGGACAGCCUCUCCACGCUAGUAGUUAUGAGGUUCCCAAUCACCCAGGAUGUAAAGAGAUCAACUCGGUGAAUAGCAACACCAGCUGGAAGAUCAGCCUGUUUAUGAUGUUCAGUGAUCAUAAAGAUGAAGUUCUUAAGGGAGGGGACGUGGUGAGGCUUUUCCAUGCAGAACAGGAGAAGUUUCUUACCUGCGAUGAGUACAAGUCUAAACUGCAUGUAUUCUUGCGCACAACUCUACGCCAAUCUGCUACUUCAGCCACCAGCUCCAAUGCUUUAUGGGAAGUGGAGGUGGUGCAUCAUGAUCCCUGUCGAGGGGGAGCAGGCCAUUGGAACAGCCUCUACCGAUUCAAACACUUGGCCACAGGCAACUAUCUUGCUGCUGAGGAGAAUCCAGGUUACAAAGAAAACGUCAAUGAAAUAGAGCUGGAUAGUAGCCGCAUCAAGCGAAGCCUCGGUGAGAGGAUCGAGUAUAAACUGGUUGCAGUGCCUUAUGGGAAUGAUAUUGCCUCUCUGUUUGAGCUGGACCCCACCACACUACAGAAGACCGAUUCAUUUGUGCCAAGAAAUUCCUAUGUUCGAUUCCGUCACCUGUGCACAAACACUUGGAUCCAAAGCACCAACAUUCCCAUUGACAUUGAUGAGGAGAGGCCCGUUCGAUUAAUGUUGGGCACGUGCCCCACAAAAGAGGACAAGGAAGCUUUUGCCAUUGUCUCCGUGCCGGUCAUGGAGAUAAGAGAUUUAGACUUUGCAAAUGAUGCCAGCCUGACGUUGAGCAACGUGGUCGACAAGUUCAACGUUGGUUUCCCCAGUCCUAAUUAUAGAAGGAAUGCCAUUAAACUGCUGGAAGAUGUAGUUUUCUUUGUUGUGGACCAACCGAAUAAUGGCCAGCCUGCCCUGGAGGUGACGAUGAACAAGCCCAACCGAGAGAGACAGAAGCUCAUGAGAGAACAGAACAUUCUCAAACAGAUAUUUGGGAUCAUUAAGGCCCCAUUUAAAGAGAGAGGGACAGAGCUUCCUCUGCUGAGGUUGGAAGAGCUGUCUGAUCAGAAGAACGCUCCCUAUCAGUACAUGCUCCGAUUAUGCUACAGGGUGCUUCGGCACUCGCAGGAAGACUACCGUAAGAAUCAGGAGCACAUAGCCAAACAGUUUGGAAUGAUGCAGUCUCAGAUUGGCUAUGAUAUUCUGGCUGAAGACACCAUCACAGCCCUGCUUCACAACAACCGCAAGCUACUGGAGAAACAUAUCACCAAGACUGAAGUGGAGACCUUCGUUAGUCUCGUACGGAGGAACAGGGAGCCCAGGUUUCUGGACUAUCUUUCAGACCUCUGUGUGUCCAAUAAUGUUGCGAUUGCAGUGACUCAAGAGCUGAUCUGUAAGUGUGUGCUGGAUGCCAAGAACCAGGAUAUUCUCAUGAAAACAGAACGGCGAGCCCCUAAAGAGGUCCAGCACACCUCUGAUUACCUGGAAGAGUUUGGAGAUGAGGAUGAAGUUUGGCUGAUCUGGUCUGAUAAGGUGAACGAGACGCAUGAGAAGAGCAUUCGGCAGCUCGCUCAAGAGGCCCGUCAAGGGAAUGUGCGUGAUGAAAAUGUGCUAACGUAUUACAGGUACCAGCUCAAGCUGUUUGCACGAAUGUGUUUUGAUCGGCAGUAUCUGGCCAUAGAUGAGAUCUCAAAGCAGCUGGAUGUGGAGCUCAUCUCCCUCUGUAUGAUGGAUGAGAUGCUCCCCUUUGAUCUGCGGGCAUCUUUCUGUAGACUCAUGCUACAUGCGCACGUUGACCGUGACCCUCAGGAACUUGUGACACCCAUCAAGUUUGCUCGCUUGUGGACAGAUAUCCCCACCUCUGUCAGCAUCAAAGAUUAUGAUUCUCACAUGGACUAUUCAAGAGACAAUAAAAAGAACAAGUUCGCCAAUACGAUGGCUUUUAUGGAGGAGUACCUCAACAAUGUUCUCAAUGAUGACCUGCCUUUUGCCAAUGAGGAGAAAAAUAAGCUGACAUAUGAGGUGGUGAGCUUGGCAAGGCAUCUCAUCUACUUUGGGUUCUACAGUUUUUUUGAGCUCCUGAGAUUGACUCGCACGCUCUUGGGAAUCGUAGACUGCACUCCGAACCCUGCUGCCAUCAAUGCCAUGUUUAGUAGUGAUGAUGGCAGUGGUAAAAAUGUCAGGCGCUCCAUCCAUGGCAUGGGACAGAUGAUGUCCACCAUGGUGCUGAGCAGAAAGCAGUCCAUUUUUGCUGGCCCUGGUCGCCCUGGUGCUCUAGACAGCCAGGCCGGCAGUAAAGACAGCAUUGACACGCAGGACAUCACUGUCAUGGACACCAAACUGAAGAUCCUGGAGAUAUUACAGUUCAUCCUCAGUGUACGGCUGGACUAUCGACUGUCCUUCCUACUCUCCGUCUUCAAGAAGGAGUUUGUGGAGGUCUAUCCUAUGGGUGAUGCAGAUGCAACACAUCACACGGAGCAUGAGGCUUCCAUCAACCUCCAACAAAUUGGAGAGCAGGCAGAGGCCAUGUUUGGAAUCGGUAAAGGGAACAGCAUUCUGGAGGUAGAUGACGAGGGCGGGCGAAUGUUUCUGCGUGUUCUGAUCCACCUCAUCAUGCACAACUACCCUCCGUUGGUAUCUGGAGCUUUGCAGUUGCUCUUCAAACAUUUUAGUCAAAGACAAGAAGUCCUUCAAACCUUUAAACAGGUCCAGCUCCUCAUUUCAGCUCAGGAUGUGGACAACUACAAACACAUAAAGCGUGAUCUGGAUCUUCUGCGCACCAUGGUGGAAAAGUCAGAGCUUUGGGUCAUUAAGAAAAGCAGCUCUGGGGGAGAUGGAAAGAAUGACAAAAAAGACAAGAAGGACAAAAAAGAGCCUGCAGAGCCGCCUCCAGAUGAGGACAUAGUCACUAAGAAACAGAAUGUGGAAAAGAGCAAUGAAAGCUACCAGAACGUCAAAGAGAUCUUAGAGCGGUUGAAUAAAAUGUGCAGUUCAGGCGUAUUUAAGAAGCAACAAAGGCUAUUGAAGAAUAUGGGCGCCCACAAAGUGAUGCUGGAUCUAUUGCAGAUCACCUACGAUCAGACUGACACCAAAAUGCAGGAGAUCAUUAAGUACACACACCUGUUCCUGCAGAGGUUCUGUACAGGGAAUCUGGAAAAUCAGGCCCUCCUCCAUAAACAUCUCAACCUCUUUCUCACCCCCGGGCUCCUAGAGGCAGAGACGAUGCAGCAAAUUUUCAGUAAUAAUUACCAGCUCUGUUCUGAGAUCAGUGAGUCUGUGUUGCAUCAUUUUAUCCAUUGUCUGGCCACACACGGCCGCCAUAUUCAGUACCUCAACUUCCUGCACACAAUCAUUAAGGCCGAGGGCAAAUAUGUGAAGAAAUGUCAAGACAUGAUCAUGACUGAGCUUACAAGUGCUGGCGAUGAUGUGGUCGUGUUCUACAAUGAUAAGAUGUCGUUUGCCACCAUGGUGGAUCUGAUGACACAGUCGAGGGAGGGGGUGCAGGAGAAUAGCCCUCUGCGUUACCACAUUUCUCUGGUAGAGCUGCUGGCUGCAUGUGCAGAGGGCAAAAACGUCUACACUGAGAUUAAGUGCACAUCUCUGCUGCCCCUAGAGGACAUGGUGAGAGUAAUCACACAUGAAGACUGCAUCACAGAGGUGAAAAUUGCUUACGUAAACUUUGUGAACCACUGCUAUGUAGACACAGAAGUGGAAAUGAAGGAGAUAUACACCAGCAACUACAUCUGGAAGCUGUUUGAGGACUUCACUACAGAUAUGGCCAGAGUGUGUUCUAACCGUGAGAGACGUAUGUCAGACCCUGUGCUGGAGAAGUACGUGAUUCAGGUGGUUUUAGACACUAUAAAUGCCUUCUUCAGCUCUCCCUUCUCAGAGAACAGCACCAGCACAGAGGCUCAUCACACCACAGUAAAGCAGCUCCUGCAGUCUACUAUGCGUCUGUUAGACUGUCCUUGGCUGCAACCGCUGCAGAAAGUCCAAGUAGAGGCCUGCAUCCGAACUAUGGCUGUGACGAUAAAGAGUCGUUCCAUCCCUCUGCCAGUGGAAUUAGAGGCUCAUAUCAACAUGAUGUUGAGUCACAGCAACUCUGGCACACUGUCCCGCUCCAGCAACAUUAGCAAAAACCUGUCACGCCUCAUACGACUUGCUGCUCCCAGCAACUCCUGGGACUACAAAAACAUCAUAGAGAAACUACAGGAUAUCAUUAACACACUGGAGGAACGUCUGAUGCCGUUGGUGAAUGCAGAGCUGUCAGUGCUGGUGGAUGUGCUGCAUCAGCCCGAGCUGUUGUUCCUGGAGGGCACAGAUGCUCGAACACGCUGUGAAUCAGGAGGCUUCAUAUCCAAAUUAACACUGCCAUGCAAAAGCAAAACACAAUUGAUCCAACACACAAAGGCCCUGAUGAGCUCAGAUGAGAAGCUUUGUAUCAAAGUCCUCAGAACUCUACAGGAAAUGCUUAUUCGUGACCUGGACUUUGAUGAGAAGGGCUUCGCCUUAAGGAAGGUGUUGCUCCAAAACUACCUCUUUAACAAUAAAAAGAACAUGAAGGUAGAACUUGCUGAACAUGGGGGAGGAGGAGAGGGAGAGAGAGACUGGACGGCAGUUGCAGCUUUACAGUGUCGUCUGGACAGAGAAGGUGGCACGAAACUCUUCACAGACCUCAUAACCAGCACAAAGAAUGAAAAGAUCUUCAAGGAGAGCAUUCAGCUAGCCAUCUGUCUGCUGGAAGGUGGCAACACAGAGAUCCAGAAAUCCUUCUACAAACUCAUGAUGGGAGAUAACAAGUCUGAGAAGUUUUUUAAAGUACUGAAUGACCGCAUGAAGAAUGCACAGCUGGACAUCAAAUCCACCAUUUCAGUCAAUGUGGGGGAAAUGAGCAACAAGGCCAAGGAUGAUAAAGACCUAGAGACAGGUGCAGUGUCUUCCUUUGGCCAGCCCGAGACACCUCAACAGGUUGAGCAGCAGGAAGUAGAGGCAGAAAUGGGCCCCUCUGUCAGCAUCAUGAAACCCAUCCUGCGCUUUUUACAGCUGCUCUGUGAGAACCACAAUCAAGACCUUCAGAAUUUUCUUCGCUCUCAGAAUAACAAAACAAACUAUAACCUGGUGUGUGAGACGCUCCAGUUUUUGGACAUCAUGUGCGGGAGCACGACAGGAGGGCUUGGGCUGCUGGGUCUUUACAUCAAUGAGAACAAUGUUGAGCUGAUCACACAAACACUAGAGACACUCACAGAGUACUGCCAGGGACCAUGCCAAGAGAACCAGACAUGCAUUGUGUCUCACGAGUGCAACGGCAUUGACAUCAUCACAGCCUUGAUUCUAAAUGACAUCAGUCCACUCUGUCGUUACCGCAUGGAGUUGGUGUUGCAGCUCAAGGACAAUGCCUCCAAGCUCCUACUCGCUUUGAUGGAAAGUCGUCAUGACAGUGAGAAUGCGGAGAGGAUCCUGUUUAACCUCCGACCUAGGGAGCUGAUUGAGGUGAUAAAGAAGGCUUAUCUGCAAGAGACUGAAUGUGAGGGAGAAGUGUCACCACGGGAGGUUGGACACAACAUCUACAUCCUGGCACUGCAGCUUGCCCGACACAACAAAACACUCCUCACACUGCUUAAACCACAAAAGAAGACAAAGGAGGAAGGAGAGGAAGGCAUCUCUUCUAUGCUCACCUUGAACAACAAGCAGGAGGACCCACAAGAGGAUCCAUUAGAGCACUAUGACCAUCAGACAGCUCAGAUUGAGAUUGUGCGUGAGGACCGCAGCAUGGAGCAGAUUGUGUUUCCUGUUCACCCCAUCUGUGAGUACUUGACGGAGGAUUCAAAGUUCCGUGUGUUCACCACCACAGAGCAAGACGAGCAGGGCAGCAAGGUCACGCACUUCUUCGAGCAGACCUCCUUCCUGCACAACGAAAUGGAAUGGCAGAAAAAACUUCGCAACAUGCCAGUGCUAUUCUGGUUUUCUCGCCGAAUGUCUCUAUGGGGCACUUUAUCGUUCAAUCUGGCUGUCUUCAUCAACCUUAUCAUUGCUUUGUUCUACCCACAUGAUGCUGGUCAAAGUAGCAUAGACUCUUCUCUGCUGAUUAUGGUGUUCUGGUGUUUUGCUGGACUGGCUGUUGUGGGCCUGUUAUCUAAGCGCUAUGGGUUCCAGGCCCUCACAAUCGCCAUUACCCUGCGUUGCAUAUAUAACUUUGGGAUUGGACCUUCUCUCAUCCUGCUCGGAGCUCUCAAUCUGAUCAAUAAGAUUGUGUUCGUGGUGAGCUUUGUGGGAAACAAUGGCACCUUCAUCAUGGGUUACAAAGCCAUGGUAAUGGACGUCGAGUUCCUGUAUCACUUGGCCUAUGUGUUAACUAGUACACUGGGGCUUUUUGUCCAUGAGCUCUUCUACAGCAUAUUGCUGUUUGAUCUGAUCUACCGUGAGGAGACGCUCUUCAACGUCAUUAAGAGUGUGACACGUAACGGCCGCUCUAUCCUCCUCACUGCUGUGUUGGCCAUCAUUCUGGUCUAUCUGUUCUCCAUCGUGGGCUUUCUCUUCCUUAGGAAUGACUUCAUAAUGGAGGUGGACCGGCUUGUUAUUCCAGAUGCAGGUACAGAGAACUCUCUGGGCAGCUGCUGUGCAGAUGAAGUGGAAUGCAAUAAAGAAACUGGCCUGGUUGCACCUCCAGAUGAAGAGGAAGGGAACACAGAGAGAGCCUGUGACACACUCCUCAUGUGUAUUGUUACUGUACUGAACCAUGGGCUGAGGAACGGAGGAGGUGUGGGAGAUGUUCUACGCAAACCUUCGAAAAACGAGCCGUUGUUCCCUGCUCGUGUGGUGUUUGACCUUCUUUUCUACUUCAUUGUAAUCAUCAUCGUCCUCAACUUGAUCUUUGGUGUGAUUAUUGACACCUUUGCCGAUCUGCGUAGUGAAAAACAGAAAAAGGAGGAGAUCCUGAAGACCACAUGUUUCAUCUGUGGUCUUGAGAGGGACAAGUUUGAUAAUAAAACAGUGUCAUUUGAGGAACACAUUAAAUUAGAGCACAACAUCUGGAACUACCUCUAUUUCAUUGUCUUGGUGCGAGAGAAAAACAAGACAGACUACACCGGCCCGGAGAGCUAUGUGGCCCAUAUGAUAAAGAAUAAGAACCUGGAUUGGUUCCCACGCAUGCAGGCCAUGUCUCUGGUUGUAACGGAGGGAGACGGAGAACAAAAUGAGAUGAGGAACCUGCAGGAUCGUCUCAUCUCCACCAUGAAAGUGGUCAAACAACUCACGAGUCAGUUAACAGAGCUGAAAGAGCAGAUGACAGAUCAGAGGAAGAGAAGGCAGCGGAUGGGUUUUGUUGAUGUACAGGGUGGCUCAAACCCUGGGCUGCCUUUGCCUCCUAGUGCUGCAGGAGGAAAUCACCAGAUGUUCAAGCCUUAAUGUCUUUAACCAACCUUCCACAGGCAUUAUAGGACCAAUAAUGUAAUCCAGUGAUGCUAAUGUACUUGUCAAUUUGGAAAAGUUGUGUGCAUUUACACAUCCAUACAGGAAGAGCACUACUGACUCAAACAUUCAAUCAGUUUUGAAGGGCUGAUUUAAAGGUUUUAGUAUGCACAACAUUUUUUUAUAAUUUUUUGUUUGUUUUUAGAGCAGCCUUUGAUUUGAUGUAUUUAAUGUGUUAAAAUCAUUGAUGUGAUUAUGUCAUUUAAAUGAAAGCUUCACUGAUCUUUAAAAAUCAUACUGGAUGUACAGAUACACUUGGCAUGAAGUAAGGCUGAUUUUUAGAUAAAUAAUAAGGGAUCAUUAAGUUACUACAGUAAAACUCUUUAUUUUUAAGUGUGAGCUGAUGAGAUCAUAUUUUUAGGGAUGAUUUUUACAAAAAUCUUGUAUCAUGUAUGCACCUGACUUGAUAUGUAUGUAAUGAUUUGGGAAAGCAUUUGAUGUGUUUUGGAUGUGUUAACAUGAAAUGUACCCAACGUGAAGGCCGAUAUCCUGUCAUGACAGGUCAUGAUAAACCUGGCAAUGCUAACAUCUUAAUAUAGUUGGAAUUUUUCUUGUCUGAAGAUUAUAAAUGGCAUAUUGUAUAGCAGUAUAUUUAAUUGUGUUAAAUAUCAUACAGCUUUAAGUGAAAAGUCAAAGUGCCUAAAAUUGCACCUGUCAAAAUAACGUAAUCUGAUUUAUGCUCAGGAAAAUAACAUAUUUAUAAGACUUAUCUACUGUAUCAUAGAAAUGCCAAUUUGUAUAGCUCCGGUGUCUUGUGGUUUUAUUAUAUAUAUAUUGUAUUUAUAUGUAUAUUUAUGUGUGACUUUUUAAUCAUUCAGCACAAGACCAAAAUGAAGUUAUAUGUCAACUGUUGCUUUGGAGCAUUUUUAUGGCCACAACUAGAAUGCUGGAACAUACUUGUAUUUUGGCCUUGCUAUUAUAUCAGUGUAUGUAUAGGUAGCCAGUGCUUGUAAUUAAUAAACUGCGCUACUGAUAUGUCAGUUUCAGAGGCCAUUAUUAAUUUACUGUCCAUAUUGUUUGCUAUAGGCUAUAUGAAGUGACUCACCAGCCUUGCACCAAAUAAAACUGUUAGCCUUUUAA